AUGACCAUUUUGAGGGCAGAAGAUCCGGCAUGUGAUUGGAAGUUGCCAAAGCAGUUAGCUGAGCUCGAGGAGAAGGAUAAAAUUUUCGAGAAGAUUGUCAACGAUGCUUUGUCGAUUGAUUUGUCCGAAUUUGAUCUUCCUAAAAUGCGAGCGGAGCGACGCGCUGAAGUAGCUGCCGAGGUUGAGAGAGCUCGGGAGAGAGAACAGGAGCUGAAAGAUCUCUACGGUGACGAUGAGAUUGUUUUCUCUGAUGAAGAAGAUGAGUAA